UUUUAUUUUGAAGCGUAUCCUAUGGAGCCAGACUUACAAAGUUUGUGGUCUGUCCUAGUUUUGAUUUGUGGGCACUGUUUUCCAUUCCAAAUUUUCUAGGACAGACCCAAUUUGAAAGAUGCUGUUCUGUUUUCCAAUUGUCCCUGGUAGAAUUUGGAAAAACCUUAGUGCUUACAACAAUAAGCAAAGUCCAGGGCUGGGGAGGGUCCCAUGCAAUGAAAUGCUUUAAAAAACAUUUUUUAAAAGCUUUAUUUAUUUUUGAGAGAGAGACAGAGUGGGAGUAGGGGAGGAGCAGAGAGAGGGAGACACAGAAUCCCAAGCAGCCUCCAGGCUCCGAGCUGUCAGCCCAGAAACCGGUUGGGCUCGACGUGGGGCUGGACGUGGGGCUGGACGUGGUGCUCGAACCCACGAACCAUGAGACCAUGACCUGAGCCGAAGUCGGAUGCUCAACCAACUGAGCCACCCAGGCGCCCCACAAUGAAAUGCUUUUAAAGAUUGGGGAGUGGGGAGGGGAAGUACGAUGUAUUUUUUUUUACUUGAAAUAUAAUUUACAUACAACAUAAAAUAUGGAUUUUAAGUUCGAAUGUUUAUAAUUGUAUACACCCAUGUGUCUGUAUCUCAUCAAGACAUAGGAUAUUCCAUCACUCCAGAAAGUUCUCUUGUGUUCUUGUGCUCUAUUGCAAUAAGUCCCUCCACUGUUUCCCCGCCCCCCCCACCCCCCCAGGCAACCACUGAUCCAGUAUCUAUCACUGUAAGUUACUUUUUGCUGGCCUUAGGACUUUACAUACCUUAAUGGAAUCACAGUUUUGUGCCUGGAUUCUUUGGCAGAGCAUAACUUUUUAAGUAUUCACCAAGGUUUUGCAAUAGCUCAUUUCUUAUGUUGCUGAUGAAAUCAGCAUUCGUUGCCUAAAUACACAAUAUUGUUUAUUCCACCCCCAUUCACCGUUUAGGAGACAUUUCGGUUGCUUCCUGUGUUUUCACUAUUUAACGGAUACGAUGCUUGGUGUGAAGCAGGAGGCCAGAGAACAAUAGCUGAUAGAUUGUUGUCAUCUUACCCGUGUGAGUUGCGGGCUUUUACAUAAGGAAGAAAAAAUAAAUCAGUGCCUUCAGAAGCAAUGGGUUGUUUCAAAGCUUCACCGAGCCAUUCCUGGAUUUAUCCCACCGUGAUCCUGUGUUUAUUUGGAUUUUUCUCCAUGAUGAGACCCUCAGAACCCUUCUUAGUCCCAUAUUUAUCUGGACCAGAUAAAAACCUGACCAGCUCAGAGAUCACAAAUGAGAUCCUUCCCAUCUGGACAUACUCUUACCUGGCACUGCUGCUCCCAGUGUUCAUCGCCACCGACUACGUCCGCUACAAGCCAGUCAUUAUCCUGCAGGGGAUCAGCUUCGUCGUCACCUGGCUGCUGCUUUUGUUUGGCCAGGGAGUGAGGGCCAUGCAGGUUGUAGAGUUCUUCUAUGGGAUGGUCACCGCCACCGAGGUGGCCUACUAUGCCUACAUUUACAGCGUGGUCAGCCCGGAGCACUACCAGAAAGUGAGCGGCUACUGCAGGAGCGUCACCCUGGUGGCCUACACGGCGGCCUCGGUGCUGGCCCAGCUCCUGGUGUCCCUGGCCAGCCUGUCGUACUUUCACCUCAACGUCAUAUCCUUGGCCUCUGUCUGUGUGGCCCUUCUUUUCUCCCUGUUCCUACCAAUGCCUGAGAAGAGCAUGUUUUUUCAUGUACAGCCCGGCAAAGAAGUACAAAAGCCACCAAACAACACCACAGUGUUAGAUGAAACUUACAAGGUUCCCACACCAGGCGGCGAAGAGAAACCCACUUCAGAAAUACCCACCAUUUCAGGGACCCUGGAGGGUCGGCGGGUGAGCAAUCCGGUGCCAAGAAAUGUCGCCUUGAGAGUUUUUGUGCAGUGGUUCCAAGAUUUGAAGGGAUGCUACUCCUCACGUCAUCUUUUUUACUGGUCUCUGUGGUGGGCCUUUUCCACAGCAGGUUUUAACCAAAUUUUGAACUAUGUUCAAAUCCUGUGGGAUUACAAGGCACCAUCCCAAAAUUCUUUCAUCUAUAAUGGGGCAGUAGAAGCGGUUGCAACCUUUGGAGGGGCCGUGGCUGCCUUUGCCGUGGGCUUUGUGAAAGUCAACUGGGAUCUCCUGGGAGAGUUGGCUCUAGCGAUCUUCUCCAUCAUUAGUGCAGGCUCUCUGUUUCUCAUGCAUUACACAACCAACAUCUGGGUAUGCUAUGCUGGCUAUUUAAUAUUCAAGUCCAGCUAUAUGCUUCUUAUAACCAUAGCAGCAUUUCAGAUUGCAGUUAAUCUGAGUGUGGAGCGCUAUGCCCUGGUGUUUGGAAUGAACACCUUCGUGGCCCUGGUGAUCCAGACCAUUAUGACAGUGAUCGUAGUAGAUCAGAAAGGACUCAACCUGCCUAUCAGCAUUCAGUUUUUAGUUUAUGGGAGUUACUUUGCAGUUAUUGCUGGCAUUUUUCUAAUGAGAAGCAUAUACAUCAUCUGCUCAACCAAGUUCCAAGAGCAGCCACAGAGCUCUGCUACAUGUCAGAAUCCAGCUGAGCCCCACCCAGACAGACCCAGGAAUGUCAACAUGGAAACAAAGCUCUAACCUUAUGGCAACCACUGCAUCCACUGAGAAAGGACCCGCCUGGUCGCAAAGUCACCGAGUGACACAAAAUGACACACUUCCUAAGUCUGGAUUUCAAGGAACCUUUUCAAAACCCCAACAAAAUAUCGGUUUUAGACCAGAUGUCUAUGUGCCCAGCUGGAUGCACGCGACAGGUCCCGUCACCUCAGUCAAACAGUCCGUGCUGGGGACCCCAGGGAGUAGCAAGGACUGGGAAAUUCUGGUUUUGAUUACUCAUUAGGACAUGCAAAUGGCAUGGAAACAAACCACGAGAAACUCCAGCCAUUCUGGAGUUGAUGCUCCCGACUCCAGAGCAGAAAUACUAACUAGGUUCACCUUGUUGCUUGGCUCACAUCUUUGUUUUAUCUUGCUGAAACUGGCAAGAGAGGGGACAUUUUUUGUCACAUGGCCAUUUUCCUUCUUCUUCUAUUCAGUAUAUUUCUAUAUAGCGUGCAGUUCUCUGAGAGAAUUUCAAGGUUUGGUCCCAUUUCUGAGGAUCCCUCUUCAGUCCUGAUAACAUGGCAUUAUUCACAAGCUAAAAUUUGGUAAUAUCACCAUUUAAUUUGGUCAUGAUUAUUUGUCGCUUUGUGUUCUGCCGAGCUUUGUUGUUAAAAAUCUACCUCAGGAAUAGCUCCAGACGUUCCUGGAUAUCCACAGAAUGACAUUCAAGUCAAUUCCUGGUGACCAUAGGGGAGACAACGAGCUUUCUCCCUACCAUGACCCCAGACAGGUGUUUUAAUGCUGUGUCCGUGUGAUCUCUGUGUAAAACAGAGAAACUUAACUAGAAAUUUCUAGGACUCUUUAAGUAUUUUUAAGUAAGAAAAUACUACUAGGGUGGGGGAAACGCCUAAUUUUUAAAGGGCAGUGCUUGUGCCAAAUAAAAUAAUGUGGGCAAAAAUA